AUGUCCUCGGAAAAACGUGGCCGUAUACCGUUCUUGUCGCCUCAGACUGCGUCCUACUUUGUGGCAGGCGGCAUAGCGGGUGCUGCUUCCCGAACUGUUGUCUCGCCUUUAGAGAGGUUGAAGAUUAUAUUGCAAGUCCAGCCCACAGGCCCAAAUAGCGCAUACGUGGGUGUAUGGCCGUCUCUGGCGAAGAUGUGGCGCGAGGAGGGAUGGAGAGGGAUGAUGGCUGGUAACGGCAUAAACUGUUUGCGCAUCGUCCCCUAUUCUGCCGUACAGUUUACGACGUAUGAGAAGCUCAAGAAGAUCAUUCCGACAAUUACCCCGCCAAUUCUACCAACAGCUAUUUACCUCGGACGACUGCUAGCAGGUGCUUUGGCCGGGAUAACAUCAGUCACGACUACCUAUCCGCUCGACCUCGUACGAUCCCGUCUGUCUAUUGCAUCCGCUUCUAUUCGCAUUCCAACUCCCGCCGCUGCCCCUACCCCACCUCCUGCUCCUGCUCCCGCACCAAUGCCAACUGCAAGUGCACAAGUGAUUGGUGCACAAGGACGUCGAACGAUGUCUACCCUAUUACAACAUCCGUCCCCCGUACCUGGACAUCCUCCUGCUCGGAGACAACCUGUGCCUUCCAUGUGGGGGAUGACACUCAAAGUCAUGCGAGAAGAGGGCGGCAUUCGUGGGCUUUAUCGUGGUUUGAUCCCAACGGCCGUUGGAGUCGCCCCAUACGUUGGUAUCAACUUUGCAGCCUACGAACGUCUACGUCAAAUUAUGACCCCCGAUCCAACGGUAGACUAUUCGGCUCCGAGAAAAUUGAUGUGCGGUGCUCUGGCUGGAUCCAUCUCUCAGACUCUCACGUAUCCAUUUGAUGUUUUGAGGAGGAAGAUGCAGGUCGUGGGCAUGCAAUCCGGCGUGUUGGGGUACAAAUACAAUGGUGCGAUCGAUGCUCUUCAGACGAUUGUCAGAGUGGAGGGUAUGCAGGGAUUGUACAGGGGACUGUGGCCUAAUCUACUCAAAGUCGCACCAAGCAUAGCCACUUCCUUCUUCACCUACGAAACUGUCAAAGACUUCCUCAACAAAUCAUAG